UGUUCUGAGAAAUGAGAUGGAGAAGUACGAGCGGAUCCGAGUGGUGGGGAGAGGUGCCUUCGGGAUUGUGCACUUGUGCCUCCGUAAAGCUGACCAGAAGCUAGUGAUCAUCAAGCAAAUCCCAGUGGAGCAGAUGACCAAGGAAGAGCGGCAAGCAGCCCAGAAUGAGUGUCAGGUGCUCAAGCUGCUAAAUCACCCCAAUGUCAUUGAGUACUAUGAGAACUUCCUAGAGGACAAGGCCCUCAUGAUUGCCAUGGAAUAUGCACCAGGUGGUACCCUAGCUGAGUUCAUCCAAAAGCGCUGCAAUUCCCUGCUGGAGGAAGAGACCAUCCUGCACUUUUUUGUGCAGAUUCUGCUUGCCCUGCAUCACGUGCAUACCCAUCUCAUCCUGCAUCGGGACCUCAAGACCCAGAACAUCCUUCUYGACAAACAUCGCAUGGUUGUCAAGAUUGGCGACUUUGGCAUCUCCAAGAUCCUUAGCAGCAAGAGCAAGGCCUACACGGUGGUAGGUACUCCAUGCUAUAUUUCCCCUGAGCUGUGUGAGGGCAAGCCCUACAAUCAGAAGAGCGACAUCUGGGCCCUGGGCUGUGUCCUCUAUGAGCUGGCCAGCCUCAAGAGGGCCUUUGAGGCUGCAAACCUGCCAGCGCUAGUGUUAAAGAUCAUGAGUGGCACCUUUGCGCCCAUCUCUGACCGGUACAGCCCUGAGCUACGCCAGCUUGUCCUGAGUCUGCUCAGCCUGGAGCCUGCACAUCGGCCACCACUGAGCCACAUCAUGGCACAGCCCCUCUGCAUCCGAGCCCUACUUAACCUGCACACCGAUGUGGGCAGCAUCCGCAUGAGGAGAGCAGAGAAAUCCCUGGCCCCAGGAACACCCAUGGCCCCGGGCAGCACAGGGAGCAGAACCACUAGUACCCGCUGCAGGGGUAUCCCCCGGGGACCUGUGAGGCCGGCCAUCCCACCACCACUAUCAUCUGUGUACACAUGGGGUGGCGGGCUCAGCACCCCACUGAAGCUGCCGAUGCUUAACACAGAGGUGGUUCAGGUGGCCACUGGGCGCACRCAGAAGGCCGGGAUCACACGUUCUGGGCGCCUAAUCCUGUGGGAGGCCCCACCUGUAGGUGCCCUUGGAAAUGCCCUCCUCCCAGGGGCAGUGGAGCAGCCUCAGCCCCAGUUCAUCUCCCGUUUCCUGGAAGGCCAGUCAGGUGUGACUAUCAAGCAUGUGGCCUGCGGGGACCUCUUCACAGCCUGUUUGACUGACCGAGGCAUCAUCAUGACCUUUGGCAGUGGCAGCAAUGGGUGCUUAGGCCAUGGCAGCCUCACUGAUAUCAGCCAGCCCACCAUAGUGGAGGCCCUGCUUGGCUAUGAGAUGGUACAAGUGGCCUGUGGUGCCUCCCAUGUGCUGGCCCUGUCCACUGAGCGAGAACUGUUUGCCUGGGGUCGUGGAGAUGGUGGCAGACUGGGACUAGGCACCAGGGAGUCCCAUAGCUGUCCUCAGCAGGUGCUGGUUCCCUUAGGACAGGAAGCCCAGCGGGUUGUAUGUGGCAUCGACUCUUCCAUGAUCCUCACCGUGCCUGGCAGAGCCCUGGCCUGUGGGAGCAAUAGRUUCAAUAAGCUGGGCCUAGACCAUCACUCCCUUGGAGAGGAGUCUGUACCCCACCAGCAAGUAGAGGAAGCCCUGACCUUUACUCCAUUAGGCUCUGCACCCCUGGAUYGGGAGCCCCUGUUGAGUGUUGACCUAGGUACUGCUCAUUCAGCUGCUGUGACUGCCUCAGGUGACUGCUACACUUUUGGCAGCAAUCAGCAUGGGCAGUUGGGUACUAAUGCCCGCCGGGGCAGCCGGGCACCAUGUCGAGUCCAGGGCCUUGAGGGCAUCAAGAUGGUGACAGUGGCCUGUGGAGAUGCCUUCACAGUAGCCAUUGGUGCAGAGGGUGAAGUUUACUCUUGGGGCAAAGGAGCCAGAGGACGACUAGGAAGGAAGGAUGAAGAUGCUGGGCUCCCUCGGCCAGUGCAGCUGGAUGAGACACACCCUUACACAGUGACAUCUGUGUCCUGUUGCCAUGGAAACACUCUCCUGGCUAUUCGACCAGUCACAGAUGAGCCAGUCCCCCCUUGAGGCACCGGGAUACCUCUGGACCACCCUGAUAUUGCUUCUCUUCUGAGUAUUCUGAAAAGUUUAGGUGCCUAAGGCAUGACUUCCCACCAGCCUUCUGGAUUGUGAUAUCAUCAGGAUGGAAGUGACAGUGAAGGCCUGCUCUGCUUUUGAACCUAGAUAGGGAAACCUCAGCCACCUCUAUUCCCCAGCAUCUCCUUUCCCUCUUUCCUUAUUCACUAUUCAUAGUGGUCCAGCCUCACUGGAGUUGGCAGCCAGACCUAGUCUUUGGAAGCAGGGUGAUCUCCAAAGCCAUCCCUAAAAAAGCCAUCCCUAUGGCUCUACUCAGUUCCUGCCCUCUCCCUCCGCUCAGAAAUACAUCCUUGGUGACCCCUGUGAGACUAACUCCAAGCUUGAGUAGGGCAAGCUGGAACCUGCCUGGACUGGCCAUUGGGCCUGCCUAGUCCCUGCAUGGCCUGAAACAGGAGUGUCUGAGGGAAGCCUCCUGCCUGCCCCAACCCCUCCURCACAAACUCUGAGAGCCUUCCUUUAGGGGAGUGCAAGAGUCAUGAAGACAAUCAAGGCAGAAAGUUGCCCAACACCCCCUGCCUGUCCCCGAACCCGGGUUGGGGGAAAAGGUAGUUGGCUCAACUAGACAGGUCUCC